AUGUCCCCAUCCGUCGCCGUCCAGGAUGAUCCCCCGGGGCGCCGCUCCCCGGAUUUGCGCAACCACAUCCUCCAUGCAGCGGAGUACAUUGCUAAUGCGAAUUCAUUGACAUGCAGAGUCGGCACCGAGAUGGUCAUCCGCCUGAAGUGGGGCCAGACCGAAUACAAGGGCGCAUUGGAGAGCAUCGAUUCCUACAUGAACGUUUUGCUGCGCGAUACGGAGGAAUACAUUGAUGGCAAGCACACUGGUAGUCUGGGUCUUGUUCUGAUCCGGUGUAACAAUAUCCUCUGGAUGGGAUCGGCAGACAGUGUGGAAAUGACGGAUCUUGGGUUAAAAUAG